AUCGUCUUCAAUCCCAAAUUGCUCUUACACUUUGUCAUCUUGAGACAAUUUUUCCUCCAUCCUUUUUCGAUAUAAUGGAGCACUUGCCUAUUCACCUAGCAGAGGAGGCCAAGAUUGCUGGUCCAGUGCAAUAUCGCUGGAUGUACUUCAUAGAAAGGUAUCUUAUGACACUUAAGUCAUAUAUGCGUAAUCGAAGUCAUCCAGAAGGUUCAAUUGCAGAGGGAUACUUAGUUGAAGAGUGUAUGACCUUUUGCUCAAGGUACUUGGAUGAUGUCGAGUCAAAAUUGAAUCGACCAAUAAGGAAUUACGAUGUUAGCGACAAUCCUGGGAUAUUACUGGGUCAUGCUUUAGGAAAAGGAAAAGGGUUUGCUCUUGAUAACACAUCAUGGGUACAAGCUCAUCGGUAUGUGUUAUUUAACACUGCUGCGGUUGUCCCAUAUCGAGAGUAAGAUACAAUCUUUGUUCCAAAAUUUUAUUGAUACCAUUAAUAAGUAUCUUGCAUUUUAUAAGUACUUUAAAUGUAUAGGGAGCAUCGUGAUUUUAUUAAGCGGUCACAUCGCCGUCUUAAAGAUUUUGAUGUGGAUCGCCGUCACAAUGAUGAGUUUCCCAGAUGGUUUAAUUCUCAUGUUGAAGAGCUUCUAGCUAUUGAAAAUGCUGUGUUGUCAGAUGAGAUUAAAACUUUGGCAUUGGGACCUAGUAAAAAGGCCACGAGAUUCAAUGGGUAUAUAAUUAAUGGUACUAGGUAUCAUACGAGGAGUCGUGAGUGGAGAAGAAAAACUCAAAAUAGUGGGGUUAUGGUGAAAGCAAAGACUUGUAGCUAUGCAAGUACCAGAGACAUGAAUCCUGUGGAAGGUGAAGUAGCAUACUAUGGAUAUGUGACAGAUAUUAUUGAAUUGUAUUACUCAUACAACCGUAGAUAUGUGCUAUUCAUGUGCGACUGGAUUGACAACAACAAAGGAUUGAAGCAGGAUGGGUUUGGUUUCACACUUGUUAAUUUCAAUCAUUUGCUAUAUACAAAGAAACAAAAUAGUGAUGAGCCAGUCAUCCUAGCAUCUCAGGCACAACAAGUUUUCUAUGUUAAUGAUCCCGUUGAAGCUGAUUGGGAUGUUGUAGUCAAGAUGAAACCUAGAGACUUGUAUGAGGUGUGUGGAGAACAACCAAUUAAUGAUGGAGAACAUCACAAUGAAGUGGAAGGAUUUGGCGACCAAGAAUUAGAUGCAACUUCGUUUGCUUGUGAAGAGGACAUAAAUUGGGUUAGGCAAGGUGAAGUUGGAACAACUAUUGAUGAAACUAUUGGACCUCUUGGGAUAUCGACACAGACACAAUCUGAAGAUGAUGAAGAAAUGAUAUGAUAUUGUAAUUUUGUUUCAUAUUCAUUGUUACAUUUGUGCUUUUAGCAUGGAUAUUCAUGUUAA